UCCAUGUCCAUCCGCUGGCCCGGCCGCUCUCUCGGAAGCCAUGCCUGGAUACUGAUAGCCAUGCUUCAGCUUGUAGUCGACUUCCCGUCCUGUGAUUCAUUAGGCCCAGGGCCUGAGUUUCGGCUCCUCUCACGUCCACAGAGGCCCCAGCGGCUGUGGAGUCUGCGAAGUGGACCCCCAACAAGGCUACCAACACCAGCCUGGAGUCCCCGCGCUGCCCGGGCCGAACGUGCCCAUGGGCCCAUACAGAUGCAGACUCCCCGUGCUCGGAGGGCCCACAGGCCCAGGGACCAGGUGGCCACCCUCGGACCCAAAGGGGGACUCACCAAGCCCCCAGCUGCCACCGGAUCCAGCCCUUCCCUCCCUUCUGCAUCGGCCUCAUCCUCCAUGGUGGUCGCUGGCACUGCAGAACAACAGAGCCUCCUCAGGAGGGGCAGGAGACACACGCAUAAUGCAGAAUUCAAUGAUUUCGACUUUCGUGGUGGCAGGCCCACGACAGAGACAGAAUUCAUAGCCUGGGGGCCUACGGGGGAUGAGGAUGCCCUAGAAUCCAACACUUUCCCUGGUGGGUUCGGCCCCACCACGGUCUCCAUCUUGCAAACACGGAAGACAACUGUGGCUACCACCACCACCACCACGGCCAGCACGGCCACCGCCAUGACACUGCAGACUAAGGGGGUCACCGAGUCCCUAGAUCCCUGGAAAAGGACCCCUGUUGGGGUUAGCACAACAGAGCCUUCCACCACUCCCAGCAACAAUGGGAAAGAUAUCCAGCCCCCAAGGAUCUUGGGGGAGACCUCAGGUCUGGCUGUGCAUCAGAUCAUCACCAUCACCGUCUCCCUCAUCAUGGUCAUCGCUGCACUCAUCACAACUCUUGUCUUAAAAAAUUGCUGUGCCCCAAGCGGGCACACUCGGAGGAACAGCCACCAGCGAAAGAUGAACCAGCAGGAGGAAAGCUGUCAGAACUUAACGGACUUCACCCCGGCCCGGGUGCCCAGCAGCGUGGACAUCUUCACAGCCUACAAUGAGACGCUGCAGUGUUCCCACGAGUGUGUCAGGGCAUCCGUGCCCGUGUAUGCUGAUGAGACACUGCACUCGACUGGGGAGUACAAGUCCACGUUCAACGGAAACCGAUCCUCAUCUGCAGAUCGGCAUCUCAUCCCUGUGGCCUUUGUGUCUGAGAAAUGGUUUGAAAUCUCCUGCUGACUGGCCGAAGGCUUUUUACCUCCUGGGGGCAGGGCAGACGCCAUGUGUCUGUUUCAUGGAUUCCGUUGGUGAACUUGUACAAACAAAACAACAAAACAAAAAAAUUAUAAAACCUAAAACUAAACUAUCUAAGGGGAGGGUCCCGCACCUGCCACUUCUGUUUGCCAGUGGGAAACUCAGCAGAGCAGGACACCCAAGGCCAAAUCUAUUUUUGUAAUAUUGCUCGUGCCUAGGGGCGCUCCCUUCUCCCAGAGUUUUCUUCGGAGAGCAGAAAGAAACGCAAGAAGUGACUAGAGACAGCAGAGAAAGCCAAGCAGAAGGACAGGAGACAGCUCCCAACGCCUGGGACUCGCACCACGAUUCUGAACCUGUGCCAAUAAUACCACUAUGUGCCAUGUAAUGAGCCGGAAGCUCGGCCGGAGCCGAGCCCAGCGAACCACGCGGAGAAAUCUUACAGAGGACAGGGGUGGGGGAUCACUUCCGGUAGAGUCACUAUUUCUGGUUAAUAUACAUAUAUAAAUAUAUAAAUACCAACACGCAGACACACACACUUUUUUUGUACUGUAGCAAUUUUUGAAGAUCUUCAAUGUUCCUUUUUAAAAAAACAAAACAAAACAAAGAAUUGUGUUAUAGUUACAAAACUUGAUUUAUUUACCAUGCUUAGUAUGAACAGAAUAAUCUCGUGUUUUGUACUUGGGCAACUCACAUCACACGCUGCACACACACACACACACACACACACGCACCUGCACACACAAACACACAAGCAUUUAUACGCAUAUAUUGGAGAAGCGGUUCUGCAGGUGGCCCAGUAUUCCAUCGCCAUUCAUCCAGGGAGACAGCCUCAACCCAGAUGAGGAGGCCCGUACAUGACAUCCUUCAUCUGCCAGAUGCUCGCCGAACGGCACUCGGUGUGUGGCUUAUCACCUUGGGCCAGAAUUAAGAAUGCUGUGGUUUGCUCUCUGUGUUCACACACAUGAUCCGUGCUGUUUCUUCCUUUAACUGUCUGAAGAUGCUGACAGCCACACGCGUUCAUGUAGCCGACUGCCAACGAGUGAGCCUGAGCACCAGGUUGGGUGGGUGGUGGAUUCUCAAACAUUUGUGUUAUACAAGCAUAGACUGAAUUAAAGAGAUUUUUCAGUUCUAUAA